AUGAUCAUCUUUGGCGGCAUCCAGCUCAUCCUUUGCCAGGUGCCCAACUUCCACAAGUUGUCGUGGCUCUCCAUCCUGGCCGCCGUCAUGUCCUUCGCUUAUUCCCUUAUUGGCUUGGGUCUCUCCAUAGCCAAACUUGCUACAGAAGGAGUUGAGGCGAAAACGACGACGUCGGCGACGGUGUCGGAGGCGGAGAGAUUCUGGAGGAUUUGCCAAGCGAUUGGCGACAUUGCAUUCGCGUAUGCCUACUCCACGGUCCUGAUCGAGAUCCAGGACACCCUGAAAUCGAGCCCCGCGGAGAACAAAGCAAUGAAACAUGCGAGUUUUGUGGGUGUCUCGACUACGACCGUUUUCUACCUCCUCUGCGGCUGUGUGGGCUACGCGGCGUUUCGAGAACACGCCCCGGGGGAUUUACUCUCCGGGUCUGGAUUCGAUCAUCCGGUGUGGCUACUCAACGUAGCCAACGUCUGCAUGGCUAUCCACCUCAUCGGCGCGUACCAAGUGUUUGCGCAGCCGAUUUUCAGCUUGGUGGAGUCCAGCUGUCGUCAGAGGUGGCCAGAGGUCAAGUUCGUGACGAUGGACCACCAGAUCACCAUUCCGUUCCUGGGUGGCACGAGCUUCCAGGUCAACUGGUUCAGAGUGGUUUGGAGGUCCGCUUACGUGGCAGUGACGACCGUCUUCGCCACCGUCCUCCCAUUCUUCAACGUCUUGCUGGCCCUCAUCGGUGCAGCUUCUUUUUGGCCUUUGACCGUCUACUUUCCGAUCGAGAUGUAUAUUGCCCGAGCGAAAGUUCUCAAGUUCUCCUUCUCCUGGAUGUGCCUGCAAGCCUUGAGCUUGGUCUGUCUGCUGGUUUCACUCGUCGCAGCAGCUGGAUCAGUCGCGGGUCUCAUACAGUCUCUCAAAACAUACCGCCCUUUUAAGAAUGAAGUAUAA